CCGCCACAGCGCCUGUGCCCGCGUUGUGAUGGCCUGGUCGCCACUCCUGCCGUUCCUGCCGGUGCUGCUGCUCCAGGUCCCCGCGGCGGCGCGCGCGUCUCCACUGGACACACUCCCGGAGCGGGCAGCCCCCUGCGAGGCUGGUAACCUGUGCCCACAAGUGCCCCUUGGAAAGUCCCAUGCACCACCUGUCAACGUGAGCUUAUACUAUGAGUCUCUGUGCCCUGGCUGCCGAGGGUUCCUGGUUCGAGAGCUGUUCCCAACGUGGCUGAUGGUCCUGGAGAUCCUCAAUGUCACGCUGGUGCCCUAUGGAAACGCCAAGGAGCAGAAUGUCAGUGGCAAGUGGGAGUUUGAAUGCCAGCACGGGGAGGAGGAGUGCAAGUUUAACAAGGUGGAGGCCUGCCUGUUGGACCAGCUAGAGUGGAAUUUAGCCUUCCUAACCAUUGUCUGCUUAGAGGAAAUGGAUGACAUGGAGAACAAUCUGAAGCCAUGCCUGCAGAUCUAUGCACCAAAGGUGUCCCCAGACGCCAUCAUGGAGUGUGCAAUGGGGGACCGUGGCACACAGCUCUUGCACAUGAACGCCCAACUUACAGAUGCUCUGGAGCCACCCCACCAGUAUGUGCCUUGGGUCGUCGUCAAUGGGAAACCCUUGGAAGACAUGAGCCAGCUUCUAUCCGUCGUGUGCCAGUUGUACCAGGGUAAGAAACCAGAUGUCUGCCCAUUCAUGGCCAGCUCCUACAGGGAUGUCUGCCUCAAGUGAUAGCCACUGCCCUUGGAGGGAGCUGAUGGAGGAGGAAUGAGCUCCAACCUGCCUUCAUUUUCCUGAUCCUUGACUCAGCAGCUAUGGCUCUCAUCAUCCAGAUAACUUACACAUUCCAUGAAGUUCAGACUCAAUAUUUUGUCCCAAGAUCAAGAAGUUUACCCCACUGAGAAUGGUGCUGCGUUGAAAGUAGUUUAAUAAACGCUUCUACAUGUUAUGACACCAUCCCUCCAUUUCCCCCAUCCACCCACCCCAGCCCGUGCCAACUGCUGUUCUUUUGUUUCUAUGAGUUGUACUUUUUUAGAUUCCACAUAUAAGUAAGAUCAUACAAUAUUUGU